UGAACUGGAAAGAGAACAUUUGACAAUUUUAGGUAUGUGGUUUUAGGUACAUGCUGUGCAUAUUAAAACAAUUGAUGAGGUGCAUCACUUAUUUAUAAUUCAUUUACAGUGAAUUAGAUCCAUUCUAGAUCAUUUUAUUUGUGUGGGUUAUGGAUCAGCAGCAAGCACAUCUCUGUAAAAGCUGGAUAGGCCACUUGAACUAAGAAAAAUGCAGUUAAUAUUGAGUUAGUGGGUUAAUUUAGAGGGUUACAGUAAAGAUCAUCCAAAACAGGAAACGGAAUGCUAGGAAAGGGAGAAGGAGACAGGAGGCUUUGGAUGGACGGUAGCAUAUAGAGCAAAAUAACAUAACAUAGAGCAACAUCCCCGUUCCUGAUGCAACAGACUUUGCAUUGCUAAAACAGCAUGCCCGGUAAAAUGGGCGAGGCGAGUCACAUCCGGGUAUUAUGACCGUUCUCGGCCAGAUGCGGACUUUAGAAUUGAGGAAGAGUACUCUGGCUGCGACUGAUCACGUUUCACAAGUCCACGAGAACAAAGGUCCACACAAGAACAAAUAUUCAGAAAGAGCCACUGACUGUUAACGGCGGCAUAGUGUUACACGUUUUCAGAUCAUCUUGAGUUUUACAUUUGGUCCGUAAGGAUUUAUCCGUUCCCAUAAGGCAAGAUGAAAUUGGAGGAAUACUUUGAAAGAAUUGGAUUCCACGGAUCUUUUGAUAAACUGGAUCUUGCAACACUGAAGUUAAUCCACAAACAGCACGUCAUGUCCGUCCCAUUUGAAAACCUCAGCAUUCACUGUGGUGAAAAGAACGUCAUGGACCUGGAAGCCACUUUCAACAAGAUUGUGAGGCGCCACCGUGGAGGUUGGUGCCUUGAGAACAACUUCCUGUUUGGCUGGGUGCUGAGAGAAAUGGGAUACGACACCACGUCGCUGGGCUCUAGAGUUUUCAACAAUGUCCUCAAUGAUUUUGCCCCCCUUGACAAUCAUUUCAUCAACAAGGUUGUCAUCGAUGGAAAGGCUUACAUAACAGAUGUCAGCUUCGGCUUGUCUUUCCAAUUGUGGGAGCCCCUGGAGCUCGUCUCUGGAAUGGACCAACCUCAGGCACCAGGUGUCUUUCGCCUCAUGGACCAGGGGGACGUGUGGGUGCUGGAGAAAACUGGUAGAAAGCCAGAUGUUCUCAAUCCAGAGUUUGCCAAAUCAAGUCUGGUGAACAGGAACGAAACCAAUCAGAUGUACAGCUUCACCUUGGUGCCUCGGGAAGCCGAGCAUUUCCUUGAGAUAAACCACAAACUCCAGAAUGAGACGUCACUCUUUACCAAUAAGUCCAUCUGCUCUUUGCAAACACCAACAGGAUUCAAAGCCCUGAUUGGCUGGACCUACGGGGAGGUCACCUAUAAACCCGACGAAGGAGUGGACGUCUUAGACAUAAGAAACCUAAUGGAUGAUGAGAUAGAAAAAAUUCUUCUUGAAAAGUUCAAUAUAAAGCUGCAGAACAAACUGAAGCCUCUCAACAACAAGUCAUACUUCACAUUCUGAAUUCCUACACAGGUGUGGUUUAAAAAUUGAUCUGGAAAGAUCCCUCAACCUGUGACAAUCUACCUGUGCCAUAGGUAGAGCAGCAUGUUGACGAAUUCUCUAUUUGAAACAUGAGCAGUGCUUUAAAUGUAAUCUAAUGUACAUCAAAAAUGUAAUCAGUUUUUUUCUUUUGUUAAUGAUACAAGCAGACAGGUCAUCCUUAAGUAGUUUUUAAUGACCAAAAACACAUUUGAACACAUUUCCCUUUUUCUAUAGAACCACAAUGUGUUGUUUGUCAAAAAAACAUACAUUUAUAAAACUUUGCAUAUGGACUGAUUUGCUGAAAUGUCAUCCGUGCUCGGUCUAUUCUCUCACUGAUUAUUAUUAAAUAAUAUGCAUUGAGGUAUAUUUUUGUUCUGACACUCAAAUGAGCUAAAAGAUAUUCUUGGGCCCCAUCAAAGUUUAGCUGAUAAAAGAGUGGGAUCUUAUGGGAAAAUUAGAUGAGAUUGUCAUGUUGUGAAUACCAUAAACAAAUAUUUGAAGUUUCGUUUCAUGAAGAAAGAGCCUGGAUGAUGUUCAAGUCAGAGUCAAAAGUUUGGAAUGAACCCACUAUUGUAAAUAUUUGUCAUUGUUAUGUGACAUGUGGGAGCAAAGUGCUGUCCCUUUUAAAUCAUUAAAAGCCUUCAAACUUAAUGAUUUACCAGAUGACGAAAGUAAAGUCGUCAGUUUUUUGGGGAGUUUUUCCUGUGCCGAUGUGAGGGUUUCGGGACAGAGGAUGUUGCAUGUGUACAGACUGUAAAGCCCUCUGAGGCAAAUUUGUAAUUUGCGAUUUUGGGCUAUACAAAAUAAAAUGAAUUGA